AUGUCAAUCCUCGAAGCCCGACGACACCUAAACACAUGUACACCUCCUCUUCCGCCUCACUCGCCUCCCAAACCCCCAUCUCCAAAAGGCAGAGGAAGAGAACACGAGUUGGUACUGGGAAGACGGGAGAGUAUCCCACUCCUCCCAUUCCAGGUACAGCAGUUUGCGUACGUGUAUUCGCCGCACAAAAGGCAAUCAACUACCAUCAAAUCUGCUCACCCAAUUGCAACCUCGCGCACCGACCCAACGCCGAUGCUCACCUCUGAGACUGAUCUGGCAAUCAUCGAUCCCGUCCUCUCUUCUUUUUCAUGUCGACAAGAGCAGAGGUCGUCGUAUCCGAUGAUACGCAGCCCGGCCCCGAGGCCCGAUUCCGAGAUCUUCCCUGCCGGCGCCGCCUGUGCACCCAUCGCCCACUCAAACCAUAAGGAGGAUGGGAGAGCUGAUACUGCGCAGGAAGUGUUGAUUGAACGGAUUGUAGCGGCGGCUUUCUCACGUCUCCUCGCCGCCGAGGGACUCAAGGUGACCCCCAUACCGUCCACCACAACCACCACCACCACCACCACCUCUUCCUCCGCCUUUACCACGCCGUCGGAUAGGAGAGAAAGGGGAGAUAGUGCAAGACUAUACGAGUUAUUCCAAAAAUUGAAUCAAGAUUCUGCGGAACGGACAGAGCGGAUAUUGUGUGAGAUAGGGAUCUUGAGGAGCGAGGUUGUGGAGUUGAGGCGGCACGUGUCUACUCACUCUCAGACCCACGCGCAGACGCCUGCUGCGGGUGUCGCCGGGGAUGAAAGUUCGGGUUCGAAGGGUGGGUUGUUCGGUUCGAUUUUUCGGAAGAGUGUUGGUCGCCCCCGCGCCAGUAGUGGGGCGAGUACCACUUCCUAUACGACGACGCCGGUGUAUUCCUCGCCGGCUGUGCCAGCGUCAUUCCUACCGCUCCCUACGAUGUCAAACUCAGAAGAGCGCUUCGACAAACUCGAUGCCUCACUCGCUCAACUCACCCGAAAAGUCGAUCUCCUCGAAUCCCACUCCCAGUCCCGGCCGUGUACCGCGUCGACGGUCAUGUCCCCACCCCGUCCCGACACGGCUUCGACGAUCAUGUCACCACCUACUGGAGUUUUGGAUACGAGGGUAAAUAGACUCCUGUGGCCACGACCACGCUUGGAUUCGAGGCCGGCGUUGGUCGAGGUUUGGAGGGAUGUCAGUCCUGAGCGUGGUCGUGGUCGUGGUCGUACUACCGCUACCUAUCAAGAGGCAACGGAGAAUGAGGACGUGCAGGUGGGCACCACGGGGGUGUUGGGGCAUAGGGUACAGAGGAGUAGCCUUGAUUUCGGGGUUAACUCUGUGCAGGGAAGCGCAAGCGCAAGCUCGAGGCCAGAGCACGGACUCCGUAUCCCUGGUCUUGAUCGGGACCCUAGUGUCACUGGUACUGCUGUUGGGAAGGAGAAGAGAGUUACUGCUGGUCUCGCAGGCGGAACUGGUACCGCCAAGGUGAGGGAAGAGGGUGCGAAGAUUGUGAUGGAAGCGAAAGGGAAGGUUAGGGAGGGAACCCCGGUCGCGUAUCGAUUUAUGCGGGAGUUACCGGUGAACCCCAACACUACGAUCACCACGUCCACGUCCACGUCGCCGGCUAAGUUGAGGUUAUCGCCGAGGUCGGGGAAGAGGAAGGGUGAUGCGGUUGUGUAUGGACCACAAGGCUCGCCGCUCAAGAAGAUGAUCUCGAAGCCUUUUCUCGUGCACAACGAUGUGGAGAUGAGUCCAUGGACACAACACAUCCUCGCCGGCACCCGCGCACCCACCGUGGGAGAAUCCCAACACGCAAGAUCUAAGUCUACGGGAUUGAGCUGUACCAGUCCGGCACGACGACGUAUGACCUUUGGUUUCGGACCACAGGAGGAGGGUGGUGGAGCGGGGGUGAGGAGGGGAAUGACGCUUCUUGAGAGAAGGAGGAAUAAGAGUUUGGGGGGGCCGGCGGUGAGGAAGUUGGCUUUGGUCGAGAGGCACGCGUAG